AUCUCUCAGGGAGGGCCAAUGGCGCAUCCCCCCCACUCCUACCACGUGUCCUUCUCGCCGGCGUUCGGCCAGACGAGCCACGAGCUGGUGCUGCUGGAGCUGACAGACGACAUCCAGAGGAGCCUCGAGGAGGGCAGGGACGUCUUCAUCAAGGGCGACCCUGCGGCUGAUGGCGAUGCCGUCCUCUGCACUGACGACAAGACCUACGAGCUGCGCAUCAACGAGACCUCCAACCCCAAAUUCCUCGCCGUCCCCUGUGAGCCACCCCCCGGCCCGAUCCCUCCCACCGUGCCCCAGGCCGACUGCACUGAGACACUCCCCAUGGCCAGCGGCACCACCCCGAUGGACGUAGACCCGCCUCAGGGCGCCGCGGCUGCAGCUGCAGGGGCUGAGGAGGCGCAGAAGGGCGAUGGUGAUGGUGGCGUGGAGGAGCGGGGCCUGAUCAUCAUGUCGAAGUGCCUGUCGGAGAUCUCGCCCAUCCCGACGGUCCCUCGCGUGACGCAAGUAGGAAGGGUGCUGCAGCAGAUCAAGUUGCAGGGGCAGCAGCUGGACGAGGGUGACCAGGAGGGCCGUGCUCGUCUCCGACGGCGCAGCACGACGGCAGCGCUGGCGUAUGACGUGCAGGCGUCGCGGAGUCAGCUGGAGGCCUACCUGGCGGCGCAGAACAACUUGGUGGAGAUCGAGGGUGAGUGGCGUGUCAUCGAUGAGGACCACGUGUACAGCACCAUCGACCUGACACUCAGCCAUGUGACCGCGGGGCGGUUCCCGGCCGAUGCCAUCCCUCUUCACGACCUGUGUGACGCCCUCAAAGACACCGAUGACGACACACAAGGGGCCGACAAGGGUACCCGGCCGCACACUAGCAUACGACAGCACAAAUAUGAAUGCGCCACGUGCUUGUGCUUUCCUUUCCCUGUGCAGGUCAGUUUGACACAUCGCCGGAGGUCGUGCACAAGAUCCUGACGCCCUACCUGAUCCCUCCCCCCCUCCUCCAGCCCCCCUCCAGCAACCCCACACUGGCCCUCGACCGCACCCAGGUGCAGCGCUUCAUCGGCCUGAACGUCCUCUACACCAACAAGAAGUCAGGCGAGGAGCACCUGACCACAGAGGCCUUCAAGCAGCGUUGGAGGCAGAAGAUGGGGCCGUGGACCAACGAGCAGCAGCAGGAGGGUGCUUCGCGUGGAGGGGGAGGUGGGGUGGCGACGAGCCCGUCGGGGUGGAGUCAGGGUCGCAGUAGCGGUAGCAUAGAGCGUGAUGGAGCGGAUUGGGAGGGACUGCCGAUCGAUCUGCUGAGCGGGCAGUAUUACCUGCUGUUCGAGGAGCAGCAGCUGCCGGUGGUGGUCUACAUGGACGAGAAAGCCCUAGCCAUCGACCCCAAACAGCGACUCCAGGUAGGUAUGAUUGGCUCGCCAAGAGAGGGCGGGACGAUGCGAUGAGGGAGGGGGAAUGUGUACAGGCAAUUGAUUGGUUCAUUCAUUAGUCCCUCCCUGUCUGUCUGUGUGUCUGUGUGUGUGAUGUGCGCUCGUCUUCAGGCGAUGAUAGACGUCAAGUCGGUGUGGACGCGGCGCGAGCUGCAUGGGUACCUGUCGCCCGUCCUUCCGCCGCACACCAAACUCGACUCAUUCAUCAUGGACAACACACGAGUAAGAGGCCAAGAGAGAGCAACGUGCGUGCAACACACCAACACCCCGGCGUCCGUCCCUGCCUCUCCCUCCCUGUGUGUAUAUGUCAGCCGACUGACAUCACGGUUGUGUUGCGUGAGGAGAAGGACGAGGCCGGCAACUCGGUGCAGGAGACGGUGGUGGUCAAGGCCUACACGAGCAAGCUGCUGACCAAGAGGGACAUGGACGCACGCAAGAAGGCCCUCGCCGAGAGCCGCAAGGCACGCGAGCAGGAGUAUCUAUACUCCUGAAUGUGUAGCUAUAGUGGGUGGGGUAGGUGCCUCAUUCACAUAUGAUGUGCAUAGCAUAGCGAGAGAGAGAGAUGCAUCCCAAGUAGGUG